AUGAACCUACGAGAAACUCAAGAGAAAAAACAAAAGGAGAAAGCAAACGCCAUUCCUUCAACCGACUCAGCUAAAUAUGUCAGUUACUACUGGCGUGCUAAAGAGACGCCGCCAAACGUUAGGCGACGACUACCGCGACAACUUACGCCCAUCAAGACCGAGUCGAAACAGGUGAAUCUCAAUAAGAUCGAUUAAUUGAAACGAGAUUGCGCGAAAAAUGUUUCAUGAGCAAAUAUCAUGAGUAAAGUCUCUCAUGAUGAUAACUGUCUCAUCUGGAGGACCUAGAACUUAAAAUCGUGAUUGUCUACUGUUUCCCAUUUUUAUGUGAAUCCGAAAGAUUAGGUUUCUGAGAAGAAAAGCGCUGAGGCGUAAGCAGUAUCGAGCAUCCUAAUUACCGGUUGUCACUAUCUGUUAAUAUUCAGAAAUUCAACAGCUGCAACAAAAACAAAGCUUUUUUUGAAUUAGCAGGUCUGCAACGAUGAGAAAGAACUACGAGAAGAAAGCUCGGCUAGCGAGGUAUCAUCUGCAGCCAGAGAAGAAGUCACGCCAGAUUUUGAAUGUAAUGUUGUACCUGUGUAUGAGCAGGAGCUCGGUAUAAGGACCGAGGCAGAUUUCAGUGGCAGUGAGUUUGGCGACGACUUUAAACGUCUCUCGAUAUCUAGCGACGAGAAAGCAAUGCCUCAUGUCCCCCCGUGGCUGAGAGAGGACUACAAGUUAGUAGUCAGUCGUAACCUUUGCUUUCAGUGAACUCCUUUUUGUGAAUUUCACUUCUGAGACAAUUUAGUGACAGUCUAUGCUUUCUAGUAUUCAAAACUUUCUCCAUUCAGUGACACAUCGAGUAAAUUAUAUCUGAUGCGUGUUAAAGUUUGUCCAAAAACCUUUGUUCUAACAAACUCAGGGCCAGCGGUUUACCUGCUUCAGUCCCCGCGCCCGUAUGUAUAUAUUUAAAUUUUCGCGCGAAAAAGAACACUAUGUUAUUCAGUCUGUCGUCCUUUCAUCGUUUCUUUAUGGCAUUUCGUGUACUCCCUUUAUCCAAACCAUCAGGUACGUUUUGCGUUUUCUUUGCCGUUGAUGUUUCGCUUUGUAAUCGUAGUUAUUGUUGUCGGUUGUUGGUUGUGGUGCAAUUUAAGUUAAUCAUGUUUCAGAAACCACUGGUUCCAAAUAAAUUGUAUGGUACGAGUAACUGUCUGGAAAUUUACCAGUGCGUUCGCUACAACCUUCUUGGUGACAGGCGUCAUUAAAUUUCUUCAUUCCUUGUAAAUAACGCGAAUACUGGAUUAUCCGAAGUUUCUAUCACUUAGGAUACCAAAAAUCGGCACAUGUAGUUAUCUUGCGUUAUCUAGCGUUAUCUUGCGUUAUCUAGCGUUAUCUUGUUUCAGUCAACAAAACGGUCCCAGAGUUUUCUAUUCGUAAGGACGUUUCUCAGUUUUGGAUUACUAGCAGUGGUAAUUUUCGAAGUUCCCGAUUAUUUGAAGAUGUGUAUAAAAUAAAGUGACGAGAAAGUUUCCCAGUAGGAGUUAAGCACUAGCGACUUUUAUGUGCAUGUCGUUGAUCAAUAUGAAUUGAUUUUAUGCAGGGAGAAAGAAAAAACAAGUGAUCACAUAAACUUCGUUAAAAGCGAUGCUACCGUCACGAGCUCGGCACAAAAUAUCCAACUAAAAACAGAGAAAAAAAUGGACGAAAAUGACAUUAGUGAGGAAGAGUUGGACUGUACCUCUUUCACUGAGUCCCGCGGAUACAAAAGGAAAAUGGCUGAGCUGGACGAAAAAUCCAGACGGCUCAAGGCACAGUUUGCGGAGGAAAACAGACAGACUAUUGAAUCUAUGAACGAGAUCGUAGAGGAGAUCAAACAGAGCCAGGCAAGAGAAGAUGGCAUCACAAAUGAGAUUGAGGAGAUGAGAAGGAGACAGGAUGAAAUAAAGGACGACCUUAAAAGCCUUGAUGAGAUGGCCCAGAGACGAGAGCUCGAGGACAAAAAAUGGAAAGAAAAGAUGGACAAGAAGAAAAAGAAAGUCGCACGCAAACUGGAAAAGAUAAGAGCCGAACGACGUAAAUACCAAGAAGAGACAGGUGAUGAAAACGAAUCAACAGAGGAACACGAUCAACCGGAUGAGAAUCAAAUGAAAGUCCAAAGGGUGAGAGCUGCAAACGUGUCACCAAGGCAAACGAAACCGUUGUAA